CAACAAGUCAGGAUGUUAAACUGGCAUCCGACCUCAAAGAGGACACAAGCAACUUUUCACAGGCACUCGAGCGGUCUUUUCACUCCGACUGUUGCCGCACAACCACCUCACUUUGGACAACAUGGACGUGUCAAACGAAAGAAGAAUUGUCAUCUUGGGAAAAACUGGAGCUGGGAAAAGCAGCCUGGCUAACACCAUCUUUGGAGAGGAAGUCUUCAAGGUCAGCCACAAUUCCAACUCCGAAACAAGAAAAUGUGAAGCAAAAUCCAAAUCUGUCAGUGGAAGAAGCAUCACUCUGAUCGACACUCCUGGUUUCUUCGACACAGACAAAACUGAGGAGGAGCUGAAGUCUGAGAUAGUGAGGUGUAUCACAGAGUGUGCUCCUGGGCCUCAUGCUUUUCUCAUUGUGCUCAAAGUGGAGAAAUUCACAAAACAGGAGCAGGAAGUCAUCAACACAAUACAAAAAGACUUCUCUGAAGAAGCUUUCAAAUAUGCCACAGUUCUGUUCACUCAUGGUGACCAGCUGAACGGCCAGAAAAUUGAGGAGUUUUUCUCAGAGAAUAGGUUGAUAAGUGAUCUGGUGAAGAAGUGUGGAGGACGCUGCCACGUCAUUGAUAACAAAUACUGGAACGAUAACACAACAGAUGAAUACAGGAGCAACCAGUUCCAUGUGGGUGAGCUGCUUAAGACGAUAGACAAGAUGGUGACGGAAAACAAUGGAAGGUGCUACACCAAUGAGAUGCUGCAAAAAGUGGAGGAGAAAAUACAACAAGAGGAAGAGAAAAUUAGACUGUUACCAGGAAACUUGUCAGAGGAAGAGAUCAGAGAGAAGGCUAAGGCCAGUGUAUUUGAGAGGCUUCUGAUCAAACUGGCAGGUGUUGGAACAGGUGCACUAUUAGGAGCUUUGUUUGGUGCAGCUGGGAUGGCUGCAAUAAUUAUCAAAGCUUUACAGUCUGCACCAGUGUUAACCAGCAUGCCAGAUUUUGGAUUCAUAGGUGCAGCAGCUAUAGGUGGAUCUGCAGUAGUAGGAGCAGUGAUGGGAGGUGUUGAAGGAUAUCAUGCAGCUGAAGGAGCAGAAACACCACAGAAGGCAGCAAAACGUGCCGCAGAGGCCAUCAAGAAGAAAGCCAGAUCUGUCCAUAGUAAAGCAAAGGACAUGAUGUCACCGGCAAAAAAGAGAUGUAGCCCUUAAUAUUGUCUCUAAAUAAGAGAUCAGAUCUCUUGUUCUAAAAAAAAAAUGUUAUUCUCAGAGCCUAUCAUGCUCAUUCACAUGUGAUAUGUAAAACAUUUUUCUUCUUCAAAUUUGACCGUACUGUCAGUAUGAUGUGUUCAUUUUUAUCCCAUUUUUGAUUAUCUUGACCAGUGUACGCUGUUGGCUGUAUUUCUGUCUGUCCACUGUCCACUGUCCACUGAUCGCUGUUUCUUGGUGCAAAAGCUCUCAAGAAAAUAUCACUUAAUGUAUAUGUACAACAUCAUUUUGUUAUACAGGAUUCUGAUGCUCGUGCUAUGACAGCUUUGCUUCUUUGUGGAUCACAAUGUCUCAUCAAAUAUGAAUAAUCAAUAAAAUUAA